GAUUAAAUAAGGCACCGGCUUGCCAGAAAUUCACCGAAUGUUCAGCUGAUGGAUAUAUAAAGGGAUCCUGUGCCCCAUGUUACGAGUCAGUGUAGUUUCCUCCUUGUGGAAGAACCAGAAUUUCGCUUUCGAGACUAAAAACAAAAAGUCCGAGGUAUCAUCAUGAACCAGUUGACGAUCGUGUUAUGCGCCUUCGCUUCCGUGGCAGCCGCCGUUCCUCUGGGUGUGUACUCUUCUACCACGCCGAUUCCCAUUCUGAGGCAGAGCGCGGACGGCCCAAAUCCAGACGGAAGCUACAGUUACAGUUACGAGACGGCGAAUGGUAUCCAGGCACAGGAGAUCGGCUACCUUAACUACCCAGGCACCCAGGCUGAGUCUCGCGAGGCUCAGGGCAGUUAUAGCUACACCGCGCCAAACGGUGAAAUUAUCCAAGUGUCCUACGUGGCUAACGAGAACGGAUUCCAACCCCAGGGUAGUCAUAUCCCGACCAUUCCACCCGCUAUUCUCAAAGCACUCGAAUACAUUGCCGCCCAUCGGGAGGAGCAUAUCGGUGCUCAAUGAAAGGAGACAAACGUGGAUCCGUAUACGACAAGAAGAUCGGUCUUCAAGCUCCUCGACGUUUAUAUCUAAACCAAAGUCGAGGAUGUACGAAAUGGAAACGUUGUUCUUUAUUCGGCACGAUUCUCGAUCAUUUUAGUGGCAUUUUGAGUAGAAAUUCGUUUACGAAUUUUCGGAUUCGGAGUUUCCAGGCUCGAUUCGUACGUUAGCUUUGUAUUUAUGCAUACUGCUUACGAUUCAGUUUUUUUGUAUUUUAAAUAAGGAGAUUGUAAGAGAACGUUAAGGAGGAUUACUGUAAAUAAAUUGUACAUUGAUACCUUUA